GAAGAAAGAAGAAAAAUGUCAACAACAGUCAUCGGCGGCGCCCCCCCAAAACCCCGCCCUCCACCAACUCCAAUCUCGCACCUCCCCACCGACUCCGCACGCCUCUACACGCAUAUUCACCCGCUCCUCCUCCUCUCGCUGUACACGUACCAAUUCCCUUCCAUCGUUGCGGACCCCGUGGCCGGGCUCGCGGCGACGCUGGUCCCGCUCGCAGCGCUGCAGAUUGCAUAUGUGGCAGUUUGUCUGCCGCCGACGGGGAACGGGACGGGCAGUGGAGCAGGCAACGGACCCGCAUCUGGCGGUGCCGGGGGAGAAAAGAGGAAGAUUGGCGAGAAGAAGAAAGCGAACGGGAGUGCAGGGAAAAGUGACGGGAUAGGAGGAAGAAUAAUACCUGCGGUCUUAUCCGUUCUUCUCUCCCUGCUCGUCGCUGCGCCGCUGCUGACGGCUGCUCUGGUUCUCUUCGGCGCCCCGAUCACCACACACCACGCCCACACCCUCCUCUGCGGCGCGCAUAUCGCGUUUCUCGCGGCUAUCCCGCUUGUAUACGUACAUGGUGUCGAUGGUGCAGCGUGGCGCGAUGCCGUGGCGCUGUUGCUUCCCGUCGACGAAGUGUAUGGCGGGUUACUUGGGGCGGUUUGCGGGGCUUGGUUAGGCGCUGUGCCUAUCCCGCUGGAUUGGGAUCGCGAGUGGCAGAAAUGGCCUGUGACUAUUGUCACGGGCGCGUAUAUUGGGUAUGUGUUCGGACGGUUGCUGGGCGGGACGAUGUUGAAGGGGAAGAAGGUCAUGUUUUGAGUCCCCCCCCUCCCCGCGAGUUUCUUUCGUCUGCCGGUUUCUCGAAAGAAUCAGGUAACCGCGCGUGCGUGUAUAUCCGCUGUACUAUUUGUAUCAUCGUAUCUAUGGUAGCUAGAACCACUGCCGUGUGCUCCAACCGCCACUGUGAACUUCAAAUUUCUUUAACCCCCGCUGCUACUGUUCUUACUGUCCCUCCAUCAACUGUCAAGAUCCCGCAAAGCAGUGCGGCACAUCACCUUUGUAUUAUUAGUACACCUUCCACAUUUCUGGAGAUGUAAGACUAGUUGCGGGUAAUUACUCACGUAAUCUCCCUGCUCACAGGAAAAAAACCAUUCAGAAUCAUCCCUAUUCCGUGCACCAGGACAUCACAGUGCCUCUCUACCAUCCAACCACCCAAAACAGUCCUUCAAACUUCACAACAAUCUACAUAAUCGUUGACUCUCCACUUCCCAUCCACGCUGAACUUCUUUGCACCUCAACUAUCCUCUUGUCGUUUCUACAACAGGAGAAACAGCGAACAGAAAACACAAAAUCCAUAAACCACACCCCCGAAUUUUUUUUCCUUUAAUACACUUGUUGCUUUAUUUUAAGCAGCGCCGCGAUGACCAAACAUUCUAUAAUCACGUUUUUUCUUCUUUUUCUUUUUUAAAUUUUGCGGCAU